ACUAUCGAUAUUAUUGUCGACAACGUUCGAAACAUGCUAGAGAAUGGAGAAAAGCUACGUAUUUCCUUUCCCCACGCCAAAAUCUGUUUGGACCGGCGGCCCAGAAUUCGUGUCACCGCUUCUUAAACCAAGGACGUCAUAUUCUACUAAUCAACUUUUAAAUAACGCCUCUUCCCGUAGAAUAGACCUAAAAACUUCCAAUAAUAUGCGUUUAUUGCACCAAUUUCCACUGUCUGCGAGUCCCAGGAGCCCCUCAGAGAAGAGAAUCCCAACGGGAAUGCAAAGUUCAUUAGCCGCACCUAAAUAUAUUAAAGAUAUGAUUGUGCCAAUAACCAUUGAUCAUCCGGAAGAACAUUCGGACAGAGUACGACCAUUUACAGCACCACGUUUAACGGACCCAAGUAGCAGCAGAGUCUCUUCCUCAAGGCGUUUUUCAUCGAGAACUGCCUCAGCAAAAUCUUCAUCAACGUUCACUUCUGGACAAUUAAUGUUAAAAGAAAGUCCAGUCUGCAAUCAGUCAGCCCAAGCUCACAGGUUCGAAACGGAACAAAAACAGAGAGCUGUUACCAGGGCCUUAAUGAGAUCAGCCCAGAUACAGUCUCAUCGCGUGGAUAAUAGAUACGUCAUGUGCGGGAUGAAAUUGGGAAUGAAAACGAAAUUUUCUGUUGAUGAAAGCGAAUUGGAAAAGCUUCGAGCCAUUUGUGCAAGUAAACAGUUUAGUCAAAGAAUCCCAUCUGCAAGGCGCGUCAAAAUUCCAAGGCAACCAACACCCAGUAAUAUUGCACCUUCAACCCGCCAAAGUAGUGCCAAAGCGAGAACUGUAGUUGAACCGGAAGAGGAAACAGAAGAAGAGACUAAACAAGAGGAAGCAACUUCGGAUGAAAAAGGAAAUGAAGACGUGAAAGAAAAUCCUGUGGCAGAAAAAGACGAUAAUACAGAGCUAAUCAGGCAACAGAACGAUGAAGCAGAAGGUGAACAAAGGGACGAAGCAAUCGAAGUACGAAUAGUUCAAAAGAAUGGUGAAUAA